AUGGAAGAUCACUUUGUCACGGAUAAUGCGGCCGACCCGCGGGCGACUCACGACGGACAAGCCCAUCUCAACCCUGCCGAUUUCCAACUGCUUUCACCCGGAGAAGCCAUGUUGCCACAAAGCAAUACUUGGGAACAGGCCUUGCACAACCUAAGAUACGGCCUUGACCAGCACAACAAGCCCGAAGACACCAUGACUUACGAAGGACCCGCUCAUUCCAAGAUAGAGGUGGAUUGGGUGAUGAGGCAACACUAUCACCGUUACAUCCACGAGUCGCGUAGAAGGGAAUAUCUUAAGCGUAAGCUGGAGGAGAAGCGAGUUGAAUUGGAAGAGACGGGGUGCGAGCCCGAGUACCCGGAGACUGAAAGACGAAGACAGCAAGCAGAGCGUGUGGCGGUUUCGGAUGGGUCCAGACAAGAGGCGGUGUUUGGUCGACUGCAGGGACAAAAAGCUGCUUUCAAUGCUCGACAUCUUCAGAACCGUUCCGCGGCACCUGCACCAGCACCUGAAUCAGACCAAUAUCCGGCUCUAUAUAUACCGGCCACCAUAGCGAAUGUUGCUCGGCAAGACUUGACCCAACAGCCGGUGUCAGCCAGAACUAGGCGAGCAGUCCUAAACUCAACUUCUGGACCCGUAGCCGGUGCCGCCACUCGUAUCCAAACGCAAAAUCUCGGGCCUGCUGAUGGUCUCUGCAACGACCAUGAUACUUCUUUCGUCAGGAAUGGAGCCGCCGGCAGUGAAUCUCCGACCAGAGGCAUGCAUUUCCUGGACGAAUCCAUAACGACUUCGCCCACUUACCGAUAUGCUCCCGCCCCGAGUUAUCGCCUCGCGACUGGCAACGACAUCGAUGAUAGACUGGGAAUUGCUGGCUCCCAUGCCGAACCAACUGCUAGACUCAGCGGCCGGCCGCGGGUAGACUGGUACAAACAAUACCUCCUCGCUACCAACAAAAACAUCCAAACCAGCAGCUCUCACGGUAAGAUCGAGAAUGGCUUCCCAACUUCACGGCAGCAGAGUUUCCCGCAGGCUCAACAGUCAUACCUAGCUUCCGCAGCUGCAUACACUCCUGCGGACUCCGCUGACUUGCCGUAUUUCGACAUGGAGAUGUACGAAAGAACUUGCGCUGCACCACAACAAACCACAACAGCGAUGAUGGGCACCACCUCCGCCGAGGCCACUCCGCCCUUGUCCUCGGAUGCCAGUGCUGAGGGUGACAUGAUCCUUGACGAUUCCGAGGUCACAGCCGACGAUGUCGAACCCCAAUCGUCCAAUCUGUCCGAUAUCAUUGGGAGUGAGACGCCUUCUGAAGACGAUGGUGAGGACGACGACGACGAUGAGGAGUUCGACCCAAACAGAAGAGGUACGGGAUUAAAGGUGCCGAAGCAUCAAGAGGUUAGGGGAUUUGGGAUGAGGCGACGACGGAGCAGUGGCAGGGCAGGACCAUAG